CCGGAGUGAGUCCAUCAUUUUCAUCUCAUUUCACCUCUCUCCUCCGUCAGCAACGUCCUCCGGACACAAAACCCUAAAGCAAAGCAUUUCAGAGCCGUCAGAUCAGAUUCAAUGGCGCUUCAUCUGGCCAGACGCAAACAAAGGCUACACUCUAAUCCAUCACUGAUUCAUCUCUUCUCAACCUCCUCCUCCGCAUCUCCUCAAGACGGGAACGAAUCUGGCGAACAGUCAUCGGAUUUGAAAAUAUCAUCCUACUUCAGUGGCAUCAAAAGCAGCUUGAAACAGCAACCCCAACAGCAUCAGACUCAGGACGGGAGGAGGCAGUUCGCCGGAUUCGAUCCCAAAACUCCGUCCGGCGGAGAUUUUCAGGAUGUCAGGAGGAAUCUGAACGAGUUCCGACGAAGAUCAGUAGCUCCUCCGGCGAGGGAUUUACAGGAUCUGUACAAGCAGAACGUGGCAUCAAAGCAGCCGCCCGGAGAUUUCAAAGGCUCGACUUUUGAAAACCUAAAGCAAAACUUGAGGCAGAUGAGACCGCAUCAAGAGACCACCAGAUGGUCUAAUCUAUCAAGCCUUCAGAGCAUCAUGAAGACUAAAAACAAUGUCCGUUCAAACGUGUUUGAGGGAUUGCCCAUUUCAGUGUUUGGUGAGGAAUUAGAAGAAAGGAAGAAGAUGGGAGAUGAUGAUGAUGAUUCAGAGGAGAUGAAAUCGGAGUUUAUCAAGAGCUACAACACUAAAGAACUCGGGGAUAUACUCAGACAGUACAGACCUGAGGAGGGUAAGAGAGAACAUGGUUGGUUCUCGUUGCAGGAGCUCAACCAGAGGCUUGUUAAGUUGAGACAAGUGGAAGAGGCAUCAGCCCUGGGUACCAGGAAGGGGACUGCCUUCGAUGAUCUCAGGUCUGAGAUUCAACUUGCCAGAAAAUCACAAGCCUUUCAGAACUUGGAUUUCUUCAGCGUUUUAAAUGGUACCCCAAAGUAUUUGCUCGAGCCUCCGAAAGAUGAGCUAGUUCAAACUUAUUUCCACCCGGAUAACAUGUCAUCUGCGGAGAAGAUGAAAAUCGAGCUUGCAAAGGUCAGGGAAGAGUUCAAGAUGUCUGAAUCCGAUUGUGGUUCUGCACGUGUUCAAGUGGCACAACUGACUACUAAAAUCAAGCAUCUAUCCUCUGUUCUACAUAAAAAGGAUAAGCAUUCGAGAAAGGGACUUAUAGCAAUGGUGCAUAGACGGAAGAAACUGCUCAAGUAUAUGAGAAGAACCGACUGGGACUCUUACUGCCUUUCACUGUCAAAGCUCGGACUUCGUGACAACCCAGAUUACAAGUUUUAAACUUCUUUAUGCAAGGGACAUAAUGAAUCGUGACCCCACAGUAAACACUCUUUUUGUUCUCUUCAUUUUGUCAAAAGAGAUGAUGUGGGUCUCUUGUAUCCAUCAUUUUGGCGAGGAAAGUUGUUUUACUACAGUUAAUGUUGCAGGCUGUUUAGGCAAAGAGUCUGACAUUGUGAGAAGUUUGAUAAUAAAGUACAAUUUUGAUAACA